UGUUUUCUUUUAUUCUAAGAGUUGAACUUUGCAUUUGGUCGCACCAACAACCCCCCGUUUUCCAGAAGGGGCGGAGCCACGUAGCCCUUGCUUUUAUAUCCGAGAGGUGAGAAACGGAGGCAGUGUAAUUACAGGAGGAGGCAGCGGAUAAGGGUAACGUUCUUGGACAGUCAUGAUCUAGGACUGAGCAACUCCAAGACCCUUGCUGGAGUUACAGUUGCAUAGUUACAGCUGAAGAUGUUGCGCUACAUGAUCAUCUUCUUUACACUUCUUAUGCAGGCUCUAAAUGUCCGAGCCCAGUGUGAAAUGCCUCCUGUUGGAGAAAACAAGAUUAUGAUUGAUAUUCCAGACCAACAGACUUUUCCUGAAGGCUCCACUGUAAAGUUCAAAUGUUCCACCGGUUAUAUUCCAGUAAGAUCAACGGCUUCCAGGUCAAUCACCUGCAAUGGAAACCAGUGGAGCAAACUCCAACUUCAGUGUAAAAAAAAAUCCUGUGGAAAUCCUGGUGAGGUUCUCAAUGGAAAGUAUUUAUUUUCAGAAGGCAUUCUGUAUGGCGCAACAAUCACAGCGCAGUGUAAUGAAGGUUAUCUGCUUGUUGGACACUCAACGAGAAAUUGCAGAGAAAGUGGUUGGGAUGAGAGAUCUCCUGUAUGUGAAGUGGUGAAGUGUCUACCACCUCCCAGUAUAAUAGAUGGAGAAUUUGAACCAGUGGAGGAAUCCUAUGCCUAUGGAGAAGGAGUCCUUUACUCUUGUAAGAGAGGUCUUGAUCUUUUUGGAUCUUCGCUAGUAACAUGUUCCAAUAAUGGAAAUUUUCAGCCUGCUCCUCCUCGGUGUCUUUCUGUGACUUGUGAGAAACCUGAAAUCCAAAAAGCAUUUAGAAUCGAAGGAAAAUCGCCACCUUAUAAAUACAGAGACUUUGUCCGCCUCCAGUGUAUUAAAGGCUACAAAAUGGAUGGGUCUGAUACCCUGAUUUGUACAGAAGAUGGGUGGGAUCCACCUUCUACUCAGUGCACUAUUGUGACCUGUUUUCCACCUCGUGGUAUAAGCAAUGGACAAUUCUACCCUCAGGAGGAGAUAUAUGAGUAUGAAGACACAGUCACAUACACAUGUAAUGAAGGAUUUAGACUUAGAGGCUUUCCAAGAAAAUCAUGUACAGAACAUGGAACAUUUCAACCUUCUCCUGAGUGUCAGGAGAUCACCUGUGAUCCACGAGCCAUCCGAAACGUUAUUGUUGAAAGGUCAUCAUUGUACAAAUACAAUACAUCAAUCAAAAUCACGUGUGAAAAAGGCUACAAAACAGUGGGGUCUGAUCAACUGACUUGUGGGGAAACUGGAUGGCGUCCAAAUUCCACACCGUGCACUGUUGUGACCUGCUCUCCACCUCUUGUUAUAAGCAAUGGACAAUUCAGACCUCAGAAGAUGUUAUAUAAGUAUGAAGACAGAGUCACAUACACAUGUACUGAAGGAUAUAGAAUUAAAGCCUCUGCAACAAUAUCAUGUACAGAACAUGGAACAUUUCAACCUUCUCCUGAGUGUCAGAUUGUGACCUGUUUUCCACCUCGUGGUAUAAGCAAUGGACAAUUCUACCCUCAGGAGGAGAUAUAUGAGUAUGGAGACACAGUCACAUACACAUGUAAUGAAGGAUAUAGAAUUAAAGCCUCUGCAACAAUAUCAUGUACAGAACAUGGAACAUUUCAACGUUCUCCUUGGUGUCAGGAGAUCACCUGUGAUCCACGAGCCAUCCGAAACGUUAUUGUUGAAAGGUCAUCAUUGUACAAAUACAAUACAUCAAUCAAAAUCACGUGUGAAAAAGGCUACAAAACAGUGGGGUCUGAUCAACUGACUUGUGGGGAAAAUGGAUGGCGUCCAAAUUCCACACCGUGCACUGUUGUGACCUGUUUUCCACCUCGUGGUAUAAGGAAUGGACAAUUCUACCCUCAGGAGGAGAUAUAUGAGUAUGAAGACACAGUCACAUACACAUGUAAUGAAGGAUAUAGAAUUAAAGCCUCUGCAACAAUAUCAUGUACAGAACAUGGAACAUUUCAACGUUCUCCUUGGUGUCAGGAGAUCACCUGUGAUCCACGAGCCAUCCGAAACGUUAUUGUUGAAAGGUCAUCAUUGUACAAAUACAAUACAUCAAUCAAAAUCACGUGUGAAAAAGGCUACAAAACAGUGGGGUCUGAUCAACUGACUUGUGGGGAAAAUGGAUGGCGUCCAAAUUCCACACCGUGCACUGUUGUGACCUGUUUUCCACCUCGUGGUAUAAGGAAUGGACAAUUCUACCCUCAGGAGGAGAUAUAUGAGUAUGAAGACACAGUCACAUACACAUGUAAUGAAGGAUAUAGAAUUAAAGCCUCUGCAACAAUAUCAUGUACAGAACAUGGAACAUUUCAACGUUCUCCUUGGUGUCAGGAGAUCACCUGUGAUCCACGAGCCAUCCGAAACGUUAUUGUUGAAAGGUCAUCAUUGUACAAAUACAAUACAUCAAUCAAAAUCACGUGUGAAAAAGGCUACAAAACAGUGGGGUCUGAUCAACUGACUUGUGGGGAAAAUGGAUGGCGUCCAAAUUCCACACCGUGCACUGUUGUGACCUGUUUUCCACCUCGUGGUAUAAGGAAUGGACAAUUCUACCCUCAGGAGGAGAUAUAUGAGUAUGAAGACACAGUCACAUACACAUGUAAUGAAGGAUAUAGAAUUAAAGCCUCUGCAACAAUAUCAUGUACAGAACAUGGAACAUUUCAACGUUCUCCUUGGUGUCAGGAGAUCACCUGUGAUCCACGAGCCAUCCGAAACGUUAUUGUUGAAAGGUCAUCAUUGUACAAAUACAAUACAUCAAUCAAAAUCACGUGUGAAAAAGGCUACAAAACAGUGGGGUCUGAUCAACUGACUUGUGGGGAAAAUGGAUGGCGUCCAAAUUCCACACCGUGCACUGUUGUGACCUGUUUUCCACCUCGUGGUAUAAGCAAUGGACAAUUCUACCCUCAGGAGGAGAUAUAUGAGUAUGAAGACACAGUCACAUACACAUGUACUGAAGGAUAUAGAAUUAAAGCCUCUGCAACAAUAUCAUGUACAGAACAUGGAACAUUUCAACCUUCUCCUGAGUGUCAGGCACAAUGUGAUGCACCCUCUGUUGGAGAAAACAGGAUUCUUACUGAAGAUUCAGGCCAAGCUACUUACCCUGAGGGAACUACACUAACAUACAAAUGUUCCACUGGUUACCUGCCUGUGCAGGCUGGAAGUUCCAGGUCAAUCACCUGCACAGGAAAACAGUGGACUGAACUACAACUUCAGUGCCAAUUAAAGUCCUGUGGAAGUCUGGGUGAGUUGGCCAAUGGAAAGUAUUUAACUCCAGAUGGAAUUAAGUUUGGUGCAACAGCCACUGCACAAUGUAACAAAGGGUAUAUGGUUGUUGGAGAGAAAACUAGAACUUGUCAGGAUGAUGGCUGGGAUGGCAGAGACCCAGUGUGUGAAGCACAAUGUGAUGCACCCUCUGUUGGAGAAAACAGGAUUCUUACUGAAGAUUCAGGCCAAGCUACUUACCCUGAGGGAACUACACUAACAUACAAAUGUUCCACUGGUUACCUGCCUGUGCAGGCUGGAAGUUCCAGGUCAAUCACCUGCACAGGAAAACAGUGGACUGAACUACAACUUCAGUGCCAAUUAAAGUCCUGUGGAAGUCUGGGUGAGUUGGCCAAUGGAAAGUAUUUAACUCCAGAUGGAAUUAAGUUUGGUGCAACAGCCACUGCACAAUGUAACAAAGGGUAUAUGGUUGUUGGAGUGAAAACUAGAAAUUGUCGAGAUGAUGGUUGGGAUGGGAGAGACCCAGUGUGUGAAGCGGCGAAAUGUCAAACACCUUCCGAUAUACAGAAUGGAAUGUUUGAGCCCUUGAAGGAUGUUUAUGAUUAUGGUGAGGCAGUCAUAUACUCUUGUAAUAAAGAUUACACUCUUGUUGGAGAUUCAGAAAUGGUCUGUCCUGACAACGGAACCUUUCCUCCUCCUCCUCGGUGUUUAAAGAUCAGCUGUGAUGGAUUUAUGGUUGAAAAUGCACAGAGAAUUGAAGGCAGAGCACCACCCUACAAAUACUUAGAGUUUGUCCGGUAUAAGUGUAAUGAAGGCUUCAGGAUGGAAGGGUCAGCCUUCCUGAAAUGUGAAGUAAACGGAUGGAGUUCACCUCCUCCAAAGUGCAUUGAUACAACAGUCCCAAUCCCGCCAGGUCCAAUCCCUCCAGGUCCAGUCCCAACUACCAGUGCUCCCCCAGUUCCCAAUGGAAACACUACGGUGAUUUGGAUUGUGAUUGGGGUUUUGCUUGCACUUAUCCUUGUUGGGGGAUUAGUGUUUUACUUAACGAAAAGAACUCAUUGGGGAAAGGUGCCCACUAGAAAUGAAGGGAGCACUUAACAUCAAUGUCCUGAGCUUAGUCCAGGUGAAAACUGUCUGGUGUUCCCCUGCUUCCUGCUGGUCUUUGUUUUCCAUCGGAACUGAUCUAGGAGUGAUCAGAGCUCUUGUUUCAUUUUUUUUCUCUUGAAUUUGUGCCCACCAGAUUAUGUGUGAUCAUGUACUUUGUUUUAGAUUAAGACUUUCUCCUUUAGGACAGGGGCUCCCAAUCAUUUUAACAACAUAGACCAGAUUAUAGCUGAAAGAGGGUUAGAAGUAGGUAUAAAGAUAUAGCAGUGCAUCUGUAUACUUGUUUGUGUAUGGAUCACCACUGAGGAUUUGUUGUCUGUAACAAUAUGAUUUAUUCUGACCUUUGGUGGAGAUGAUUAUUUAUAAGUACCAAUUUAUAUCAUUUGCACUAAUGUAUAAGGGUGACAAACAUGAAUGUUAAAAGCGAAACCAGAGACACGUCAAUUGUUCUGAAAGCUUACAGUUUUUGCCUCAUUUGACACGUUUCCUCCACAAUGGAAAGUAUAAUGCCUUCACAGCCAAACUGUUGUGUGUUGUGGCCAGUGGUUGGGGACCUCUGCUUUGACUACUGAUUUGAGCUAGAACUAUUAAUUAAUUUCAUUUGAAUUAUUAUCUUGUUCUCUUAAAAUAUUUCAGCAUAGAUCAAACGAACAAAAGUAUACAAAUUCAAUCCAUUCAGUGCACUUUUUAAGUUCUGGCUUUUAGCACUGCCUUGUGUAUAAUAUUCACUUAUAAGAGUCAACAGCUAAUCAUGUGAACAGAACAAUUUAGGCUCUGUUCCUGUUUAGCAUCAGACAAGAUCUUUACCUUUUGACUCAUGUUGCAUGUGAUGAAACAAACAAGGAAACGAUAUUAGACAAAUACCCUAACUGGAACAUCCUGAUAUCUCUCAUUUCUCAUAUAAUGUUUUCAUUUUUCUUCACAUAUUCUCUAAACCCACAUAACUCAAAAAUAUAUACACCACUGUGCUGGCUUGCUUGUGCUUGUUGCAUCUAAAUCACUGAGAGUGGUUAUGCCACUUGGGUCCAAGCAGCAGUUGUCGAUAAAUAUGACUUGUAGCUUUAACGUACAUUCUAUAAACUCUUCUUAUCAGCAGUCGAGAUCUGCUAAGUAAAAUUUCAGACAAAACCCAACUUGCUGUUAGCAAGUGAUCUCCCUGACUAUAAUUUAAUAGUCUUUAAAAAUCUUUUAUAAUAUUUAUAAGAUUAAAGAAUGUGUUUGAGAAUUGACUGUUACUAGAAAAUACAUGUAGAGAAAGGUAAACCAUUUGUGUUCUGUGUUUGACUUGUUAAUAGAACAGGAACAUUUCUAAAUCUUCUUAAAAUAUCCAAAGCCUUAAUUUUACCCAAAUGGAACUCAAAAUCAUCUUUUGUUUUAUUUUUAGCUGGAACUGUGUCAAUUAUAAUCUGAUUUUCUUUCUUUUUUUUAUUUUUUAUUUUGAUGUGUUCAUGUAGUAUCGAUGAGCAUACCUUUGAAACUAGCAGAAUGAUUCUAGAUUGAUUGUUUAGAUUGAUAUAAAUAUUUUGUGCUAGUCAAAAUAUCUUGCCAUUAUAAUGUUUUUGGUUAAUGUUUUUAAGUCUGCCUUGUAAUUUAUUUGUAAACUGUAUUCUUAUGUAGUUACAGAGUGUCUUGUCUUUUAGAGUUUUUAGAUAUUCUGGUUUGGAGUGAAAUGCCCAAAAAACAAAAAGAAGGCCAUGAACUACAAUAGAUAUGCGAUGUUGCUUUUCCUUAGUAUCUGGUAAAGCGUUCCACACUAAAAAGCAAAAAGACUGUACUCCAGCAUCGUUCUAACGUUGCUUGAUUGGCCCCUUCAUUGAAAAACAACAGAAUUGAACAACAGGAACUAAAGCAAUCUAUGCCACUUCCUUUGCAGUUAAGAAAGCCUGAAGGUUUUCAUCGAAUUCAUGUUGGAAGUGAAUGUAGUUCCACUGACUUGCAGACACUGUCUAAUCACACAAGUUGUGUUUAUGAUCAGAAAGUGUUGAUCAGUGGUGUUUAUGAUAUUUCUUACUGGUUUUAAGUGAAAGAAAACCCGUUUUUUCACCACUGAAAUUGGAUUUCGCAUCCAGCCUCCAGAGUCUCUGAAGAAGCUACAGAAUUAUUAGUAGUGUAUUUUCAUCAAAUCCUAGACAAAAACUUUAUCUUCAUUCGUGUGGAGAUGAUAUGAUCGACUAAAUUUAAUAAAUAGGCAUUGUAAAUCCUACUAAAAUCAGAAAAGUGAUCAUUAUGUAUUCUGGGCUAAUAAGGCUUUUAAAAUAUGCAACACUGAAUUGGUUCUAUUCCACUGUACACAGAGCGAGCUAAAUUUGCAUUCAAAUAUAUCGUUGCAGGCGUGCAAUCUUCACCCAAUAA